UUCCUUUUCCUCAUGUUUUCUCUCUCCCACUAUCUUCCCUCACUAAUUCAGCCCCCAUCAACCGCCCACUUUUCCCAUUUACUACAAAUCCUUCCUCAACAAGCUCCUUGAUUCACUCACUUGGUGUUUUACAGCUAAGUACUUUUCAAAUUUCAAAUUUCCCAAUGCAUCUCCUCACCUACUUACUGAUAAGCAAAUUCUCUCACUCUCUUUAAUAUCAUGUUUUCAAGUCUUGUUCUUCCUCUAUUUUUUUUCCUUCUGCUUCACGGUCAGAACUCUAUUUUACAAAUUUUAAAUCCAGUUAUCUCCUCUCAUCUCCAUAUCAAAACCCUUCUACCAUGUCCCCCCCAUCGACAGCUUCGUCCCUCUCCUACAACCUUGGUUGUUGGCGUUGCCCCAAACUUAACCCAGGUAUAAAUAUCCAUCUUCUUCCCCCAAUUUCUCUUCCUCGAACCCGUCUCAAACCAACGACCUCAACGCUCAAUCGCAAGCACGCUCCAUUCUCGAUAAUCAACCUCAAAUCCUACAAUUACAAAGUACUAGAAGCCUUCGCCACCAUAGGCGAUGAAGGAAAACAUGAUAAAUUGUGCAGUGCAAUAAUUAAAAUGGAAGGGGUUCAGCAAAAGCUUAUUUGGGGGAGAAGUUUCCAAAGCAUCUACUUCAUCUCUUUGCAUUUGGAUUCCCUCAGGUUUAUAAUCACUCAUUCCUUUACAAACUGUCUUUCAAGGGCCCUCAGAAAUGAAAACCCAAAGUUGCUGAUGGUAGCAUCUGCAGUAUUUCUUCCAGUUAAUCCAUUCAUGGUUUCAGCUAUUCACACUAGGAUGUUGGAGAGAUCAGAACAGGAGUAGACAGAGAAAGCAGAUUUGUUAGGCUUAUCAUUGAUGCAACGUCUGAUACUUUUUUUAGGUUUUGUUACUUAUAUUGUUAAUGCAUAAUCAAUGGGAAUGAUUCUUAGAAGAGCAUCUAUACUGGAAAGUUUUAAAUUGAAUUUUUACUUACAUAUCAUCUCUUUUAUUUUGCUUUACUAUCUCAAUAGUUGAAGAUUAUUGGAUAUUGUAUUUAUUGUACUCAAUCUGCAAUUCUGCAUCUGCUGUCAUGGCUUUUGCUUACUACAACUUAAUUUAGUUGCAACAAUUAUUUUCUUUACAUGAAUGGACAUUAUCUAAUAGGUAUUUUGUUUGAAUAAUUUUUUGUUUUGUUCCAGUUUCGUUUUAUUUUGAUUUGGGCAAUUGAUUAUGGUUUCAUAAUUUAAUUAAGUGAUGUGUGUAAUUUUAUAUUUUGGAAAUGUAGCUUUGUUUAGAUCAUCACUAAAAGGGGGGGUGCUUACCUGCUGCUUUUCAUUGCUUUUUUAGGUUUGUUGCCAUGAUGAAUGCUUUAACAGAGAAUCAUAUGUGCCUUGAUGAAUCAGAGAAUGACUUCAAGACUAUGAACUUUCAUGGCAAUGUUGGAAAGACUUGAAGUAUUUGAAAUAUUAGAUUCAGAGUAGUUAGUUAUUAAAUUGAAGGAGGUAGAUAACCCAUUGUUGUAUUUUUUUUUUCUUUUUUUACAAUGAAAAUGUAGGAUCAUUUAAAUUCGGUCAUUUCUUUGAGAACCAAUGUAAUCAGUGUCGUCUCUACAUGAAUCUUUUUCAAUGAAAUUAGCCAUACAGGGUCUUUGAUACA